AUGAAGCUUUCAUUGAAGGUGUAUCAUUUUCAAGAGCUCUCUCGGAGCUCCAUCCGGGAUGCGAUCCUCGAGCGGGACGGGCGCUACGUGUCAUUGAAGAAGGAGCUCAGAGAGAAUGUGAAGCAACUCUCACCGGCUCAGUUGGUGGCUGCAAUGGUUUCCUGCGGACGUCUUAGUAUCCGAGAAAAGCAGAUGUGGUGGGACCUUGCGCGAGCGGUAGAGCACCACACUGUGAAAACUAAAAGUGGCAUGCCUGGCUUGCAGCACUCGCAGAUUUCAUUGGUGUUGCAUGCUUUGGGAAAAGCCAAUGUGAAGAUCAAGGAACGCUUCUAUUACCGCAUGCUCAAGUUGUUAAUCCAAAAUGCAGAGAUUUGGACUGAGUUUGAUAUGGCUUGGAUACUCUAUGGGAUGCGGAAAAGGCGCUUGCGGCCAUGCAACUUCGAGAAGAAAGAGCACCAACUGUGGGCACAAGUUCUUCGGAUUGUGGCUGCAUUCUUCCGGCAGAAGCUGCACUUCAUAUCUCCCAAAGGCAUUGUUUGCAUCCUCUAUGAGUUUGCUCAUCAUGGUAUUUUUCCAGGCUUCACGCUCUUCCGCGCGACCCGGCGGAUCCGACGAAACCUUGACACCUUGAACCAGCGAGCGCUGCUGUGGCUUGCCGUCCUCUUGGCACGCUUCGAUUGGCCAGAACUACGGCUCUUGAAGAAGUACAGCGCUGAACUUCGACAAGCGCACAGGGUCGCGCGCAUGCAUCCUCAAAACAUGGUGGUGAUACUUCACGCUUAUGCCAGGCUGGGCAUUCGGGAUGUGGAGUUGUUGAAGGUGUUCACCUUUGAGCUCAUGAAGGCCAACAAGCCCGAGGGCGGCAAGUAUUUCACGAUGCUGGCGUAUUCCCUUGGAAAGUUGGGAGUCCGUGGCCCUUUGUGGAAGGAGCUUUCGGAGGGAUUGAGCGAGAAGAUCGAUUUUCUUGCGCCGCUGGACUUGGCAUUGAUUGCGCAUAGCUUUGGCAAGGCGAAGCCUGAUUGUGAGAAGGCAUUAGCAGGAGCUUUCUCUGAUGCUGCAUUGGUCUCAAUGGCUGGAUUCACUCCAAAGCUCUUGGCGUGUCUUCUGGACGGCUUCACCUUAGCAGGUUAUGUUGGAGCGGAAGCAUAUGCUGGAAGGCGUUUCGCCAGCUUGGGAACCAUUGUCCCUGGGAUUGCAGACUGGACAGGUCCUUACAUGGUCGAUUUGUACGUGCCAGUGGAGGUUGGAAUAAAUGCACCCACCGGCGCCCACGGUUUCUCGGAGGCCUUGGCGGUGCACCUGUUGGCAGAGGCGGAGUUCUGCCCGCUGAGCGGCGAGCUGCUGGGCCCCACGCGCCUGCGCCGUCGGCAUCUGCUCCACAUGGAAUGCCAGCAUGUGGGCCUCCGGCGGAAGGAGUGGUUGUCGCGACCUGACACAGAGGCACGAAUCACCGACUUGGAAGCCUUACUGGUGAAACAUGUCCCGUUGCGGCGCCGGCCGAUCUCCAUGGUCGAGGCCUUUCUCGAUUGGCUGUGGACCCCCGAGGAGUUUCAGUUGGAUCCUGUUCCUUUGAUGACACCAGAGCUCUUCCCAGAGGAAUAUCAAGAGGAGAUGACUUGGGGUACCUACAGGCCUGGGAUCUACUUUGGAGUGAAGGGUCGUCAUGAAAAAUCCUUUCUUUUUGGCCUCAUGUGGGGCUCAUUGGAUGGAAAGCUCCUACGCCACGAGUGUGAGUCUGGCCAGCUGAGAGCAUUCAAUUGGCAAGAGCACGAUGGACGGAACUAUGGCUUUCAAAGAAUUGAAGAUGAGAAGCUGGGGCACGAGCUGAAGACCAUUUUCGUCAAGGAGGACUCCAAGAAGUGGCACGUCCGCAUCAACACCACGACCCUAGGUGCCUCCGCCAAAGCCAUUGUUUUGUUCCCAUACCUGGGCAUUGAGGCCACCAGCAGGUUGCAAGUCGAUGAGGAUUCCGAUUGGAGGCAGGACUCGCAGUCGCGGUCUCUGAAGAUUUCGGGCGUGGAUCCUGUGGCCGGACCUUUUGAUGCACGACUCACUUUCAGGAGAGCGAAAGAACAGGGCAAAUUGCAUCAUGUAUCAGCGUACAUCCAGCCUGAUGAAGCAGAUGCUUCGCAGAGUACAGGUGUAUGGGAUGCGAAAAGGAAUUUGCAGAAGUUUUUGUCGAAGACAAAGAGGCCUCGCUUGCCAGACAGUGACGAGACCGGAACUGCGAACUGGAUGGCCUUUCAGCUCGCAAGCAACACGUCGCUUCAAGUGGAUUUUCACGUGGAUUUCCGCGUUUCCAGGAGAAUCCUGGAUGCCAAUGCCGAGAGCCGAUUGCUGGAGGAUGCCAUGAAAUCGAAAUCCGAAGACUUCAAAACGCAAAUGUCAGAGGUCUUCGAGCGCGACAGAACUCAAAGGUUCAAGAGUGAGUUCAAUGAGCUCAAUGAUGGAAGGACGAGUGGAUCAAAGGGCAAAGCGGACGAAGCGGACGAAGCUCCCAGCGAGCUCGAGCGACGCGAGGCGCUACAUCUGGCAGUGGCAUCACUGUUGGGCGGCUUGGGAGUCUUCCGAGGGCGCCUCCUAGUCAAGACCUCUGAAACCUCGCUGCAAAGACUUCCCAAGAAGGUGCUUUUCACAGCUGUGCCUUCGAGAAGUUUCUUUCCAAGAGGUUUUCUUUGGGAUGAAGGCUUCCAUGGCCUAAUUCUGUGUCGGUGGCACCCCAGAAUCUUCUUCGAUGUGUUGGCGCAUUGGUUGGAGCUUCAAGAGCCAUCAGGCUGGAUCCCACGUGAAGUGCCUUUGGGGUCGGAGCAGGAAAUCCGAGUGCCACAGCAAUUCUUGCCACAGGACCCUGACAUUGCAAAUCCACCAAGUCUUCUAUUGCCCUUGGUUUGGCUUUUGGAUGCAGAUGAUGAGCUUGUGGAAUCCUUGGCACGGCAAAGCAAGAUGAGCUCGACAGACUUCAAGCACUUGGUGUUGUCCUUCUCCGAAAAAGCCUUUCCGCGCUUGACGAGAUGGUACGCUUGGUUGGAGCGAAGCCAGCGAUCGGACCAUCGCGCUUCGUGCUUCCGAUGGAAGGGACGAACUGCGGCGCAUUGCUUGGCCAGUGGUUUGGACGAUUAUCCACGGGGGCUCUACGUGAAUUCCGACGAAUGCCAUUUGGAUCUGCAUUCCUGGAUGCUGUUCUUCGCCAGGACCUUGGAAUCUCUUUGUGGCAAGCUCAACUUGACGUCACAAAAGUGGUCAACUCGGGUUGCAAAGCUCAACCAGACAUUGUUCGAGGUCUUUUUCCAGGGGGAAAUUCUGGCUGAUUUCAUUGGACGGCAGCCAGUCUCCAAGGUCGGAACGAAAACGACGAUCUUGGUGACGCCACCCUGGCGUUCUGAUGGCCGCUGCGGACCCCAAUUCCCUGCGGAAGCUGGAACCCCUGGAGAAUGCGAUCCAUAUGGAGGUGCCGCUUGCUGUUCGCCCUCGGGGUGGUGCGGUGGCUCCGCCGACUUCUGCGACUGCCCGGGCUGUCGACGCUUCCAAAGACUCGAGGAACGAGCGCAACGCGCCAAGACGGCUUCAGUGCAUUCGCCUCACUUGGGAUAUGUAUCCUUGUUUCCAUUGGUCCUGGGACAUCUUCCAUGUGAUCAUCCGAUGGCGCAACGACUGAUUGCGGCCUUGCAGCCACCAAGUCGUGGAAGUCACAAGGCUGGUGAACUUUGGAGUCGCUAUGGGGUCCUGUCCCUAUCCUCCAAAGAUCCACUAUUUCGGAGUGGAGAAGACUAUUGGAGAGGAAAGAUUUGGGCCAACCUGAACUAUCUUACGAUUUCUGCCUUGCAGAGAUGCGAAAGUGAACAGGCUGCCACAGCUUUCCGCUCGCUGAAGUCGGGUUUCGUGGCCACGGUGCUGAGAACUUUAAAGCGAACUAUGUCCGCAAGUUCGAGUGAAAGGGCAUCGCUACUAGGAGCGAUCGGACUCUACGAACGGGGCUCCUGGCACUACUAG